AUGGAUUCGGGCAAGGUGAAGGCGCUUCUGGAAUAUGUAAGUUCCGAAGAUUUUAUGUGAUUUUAAUUAUAUUGUUUUAGGUUCAAGUGAUCCCCAGUAGCGAUGAUGCAGCCAAAUACGAGAAGAUGGGUGUCAAAGAGUGCGCCGAAAAGUAUUUUGCGGGCAUGAUUGGAUUGAUGUAAGCUUUAUUUUGUAGUUCUUUAUUCAGCUUUUAGUGAUGGGUCAACCAGUGUCAAAAUUUCGGACGAGGUCUUUGGAGAAGCCAAUUACUUGAUUAUGGAGAAUCUGGGGAUGAAGGAUGUCGGGCUUAUGGAGAUGUAUCAUAAUCUCAAUUCGGACAGGGCAACAGAAGGCGAUGAGAUGGAAAUGCUCAAAGUAAGGAUGAUGGUUGUUGAAGUUUGUUAUUUAACUCAUUUUUAUUUUUAGUAUUUCAUCGCGUUGGUCUAUCUCAGCCAACUUCGUCAAAGUCCACUGGUUGAGUCGCGCCUUCUUCGGCUAAACUGGAUCUCCAGACUCCAUAUCCAACAUAUUGUAAGUAUUUUGCUUCCUCGCUUCAAUUUAUAGGCAAAUUCCGGCGAAAUGUACAUGAUUUAGAUAUCCUACAUCUCUGAGCCGGCUCAAUGGGUCGAUGAAGGGUUUGGUGGCGUCCUCAGCCUUCCACUUGAAGAAGCAAACAGCGAGAAGGUCACGAGCACACUGGAGAAGGUCCGAAGGACUCCAAGUAGAACUCCGUUCAAGAGGACUGAGAAUUUUUCAACCUUCAACUCGAGUUUUACGGAUUCUCCCACAUCCCGAGUGAUAAAUUCACCAAGAAUUCGAGAAAAGAUGGCGAUGGAAAUACAGAAACAAGUGAAGCAACAGAGAGAGGAGUUUGAAGUAUAUAUUCGAACAGAGUAUGAUCGAGUUCUUGAGCAGUGCAAUCGACAAGAACGCGAGAUUCAGCGGCUAAAGGAAGAGAAAGAAGAGUAAGUUACAUUUUUGGAUUUUUUGUCUGAUAUUUAGGUAAAUUACUGAUUGUUUCGUCUUCAGUCUCCAGAAGAAGGCAAAACCAGGAUGUGUGGGCGAUUGCGAGGCCUCAACUCGGCUCAAAUCCCUAGAAUUUGCGUAUCAUGGAGUCAAAACUCGUCUCGAAAAUACAAAUCAAACCCUCGGAAUCUAUGAAACACAACACCAAAAGGACGAAGCAUUCAUAAAAGAUCUCAAAAUGCAGAUUCGGAGCCUCAACGAACGAUGCGAAAUCAUCAGCGACCAAGAAAAACUCAUUCAGGACUUGAAGGACGAUCUAAAGAAGGCCAAUCAUGCUGAAAAAAGUGUGUUGGAGCAGAUGGAUAAGGUCGAAAGAGAAUGCAGGGACGUUAAGAGGAAGCUCAAACAAGCUGAGAGGGAGAAUAAAGAGAUGAAAGAAGCUCAAAGUCAGAAUGAAAAAUUUGACAGAUCGGCUGUAGACGAAUAUAAAAGGAGGGAAAUUGAAUUGACCGAGGAGCUGGAUAAAUUGAACGAAACUUUGGCAAGGACGAAGAAGGAGAGAAACGAAGCCUUCACGCAGUGGGGAGAGGCAAAGGUUACGAUCGAACGACUUCAGGUAUGUUGUACUAGACAACGUUGAAGAAAAUUACAAAUUUUUGUUAACCCCUUCCGGACGAGUCGGCACCUCCAUGCAGAAAUGAAAGAGGGUACCCUACUGAGUAACGGCAUAAUAGUGGUUCAGCCCAUCGAAGCGUUAUUUGGGACUUAUGACAAAAAAUGUCCUAAAAAGUACCCCCAGUUGACAUAACCCUUAUAAAAUUUUGCUAACGACCUGUAAAUUAGAAACUACCCCUAAGUUAAAGUCAAACACUCCUACUACUGUUACAUCCAAGAACUGUCCAAAUCGGACCACUACUGGAUUAGUUAUCGACUUUUGGAAAUUGAAUUUUAAAUUUCGACCAAUUUUUGGCCCAAAAUUGAGUAUAUCUUCCGCCGGAAUCAACCAUUUCGGUCCAGGUGUGGUUUUUCUGAAUCUACAUUGACGCUAGCUUCUUCCUAGAAUGUUUCCAGAAAAAACCUAUAGAGCACGUUUCUGUAAAAAGCAAAAAAGUUGAAAACUUAAAGGUUUCACCGUAUAAAAUGUCGCCGCAAGCCGAAAAGGGUCGGGCGCAGCUCGAAAGGCGAAAAUAAUAUAUAUUUUUUUGAGAAAUACUAUUUUAGUGUGAAACUAAAGCAAAAUCCAAUGAAAUUGCCUGAAAACGCAUUAAAAAUAUUAAAAUGACAUUGAGUUAAUGUUUGCGUGCUCUGUCUGUCUGUAUUUCGUCUGAAUUCAGCUUGUCGACACUAAAAUAAUAUUUUUUCUUCGAAAAAUAUUAUUUUCGCCUUUCGAGCUGCGCCCGACCCUUUUCGGCUUGCGGCGACAUUUUAUACGGUGAAACCUUUAAGUUUUCAACUUUUUUGCUUUUUACAGAAACGUGCUCUAUAGGUUUUUUCUGGAAACAUUCUAGGAAGAAGCUAGCGUCAAUGUAGAUUCAGAAAAACCACACCUGGACCGAAAUGGUUGAUUCCGGCGGAAGAUAUACUCAAUUUUGGGCCAAAAAUUGGUCGAAAUUUAAAAUUAAAUUUCCAAAAGUCGAUAACUAAUCCCGUAGUGGUCCGAUUUGGACAGUUCUUGGAUGUAACAGUAGUAGGAGUGUUAGACUUUAACUUAGGGGUAGUUUCUAAUUUACAGGUCGUUAGAAAAAUUUUAUAAGGGUUAUGUCAACUGGGGGUACUUUUAGGACAUUUUUUGUCAUAAGUCCCAAAUAACGCUUCGAUGGGCUGAACCACUAUUAUGCCGUUACUCAGUAGGGUACCCUCUUUCAUUUCUGCAUGGAGGUGCCGACUCGUCCGGAAAGGGUUAAUUUUGGCAAAAAUUUGAGAUGAAAUUAGAUGGUAUGAAUCGAAGAUAUGGUGAUGAAGGGGCGCAUAAUAAUUUUAAUUCAUUUUAGAACCAAUUGAAGGAGCUGAACGCCAAUAAUGCAGAAGUUGAAGAUCUCAAAGCUGCAAAUAACAGCCUCAAGAUUGAAAUGAAAUGUAUUUUUGAUAAUAUGAAGUCCAUUGCAGAUCAGAGAGACGGUUUAGAGAAACAGUACGACAUAUUGGUCAAUGAAAAUGAAGAAAUUAGGGUAAGGUGUCUAGUGUAAUAUAAUUUUUGGAAGUUUUAUGAUAAUUAUUAGUUUUUAUUGUGGAACUGGUUGAGAAAAUCAAAUUUCAGGCUGAGAGGGAUGAUCUGAAAGCAAAAUUAAAGGCCAUCCAGGUCGAUUUGGACUGCGUCAAGGAAGAUUUUAGGAACGCCAAGAUGAAAAUUGGCGAUUAUGAGAAAAAAAUGGAGAGUUUGAUAGAGAAGAACGAAGAUCUGAGGGUAAGAGACCUUCAGUUUUGAUUUAUAAGUGUUUUUUUAAUUUGGAAUUUGUGAUUUCAAAUGAAAUUUUAUAUUAUUUUAGCUGGAAUUAGAUGAAUUAAAAUCAGAAGUCAAAGAGCAUGAACAUCGACGAAAUGCUAGGCCAACAACAAGUCAUCAUAAUGCAGCAAAAGGUAAGAGUUGAAUCGGAUUUUAUCGUAGCGGAGUCGAGUUAAGACCAAAAGGAGAUGAUUAUUUUAUAGCAUUUGAAAUGACGAAUUAUUCAGAAGAUCAAAUCGUGUAUGCCCGAUCUUCUGUAGAUGUCAAAGAAGUGGAAAAGGAUUACCUGGAACGGAAUGUCAACGCCGAACGGUAAGAGUUUGAUUUUUUUGGAGGGGAUUUUUUGAGAAUUUGGAUUGGAGGGAUAAUGCCAUGGAUAAUAUAAAAAAGUGGGUGAACUUCUCUGUAAUUAUGUUCGUAAUGUGGUAGUGGUCAUAGGGCAAGAAAAUGAAGUUAAAAAAGGUUGGAAGGGUAUUUUUGGACAUGAGACAGCGUCUUUUGUAAUAUAGGUAUUUAAGGCCAUGGAUAAUAUAAUAAGAUAGCUAAGAAUGGUCUAAACUUGAAGAACUUGUGAAUUUCAGAACUGCCGAGCUCCGUAGACGUAAUCAGGGUCUUCCGCCACAUAUGCAGUGCUCCUACCUACCAGAAAUCGCGUUCGGCUCCGAGUCCCCAUCCAGUGUUUUACCCAAGAAGUAA